CCUGCACAAUAUGGCUGGAGCAGGCAGCAACGGAGAGGCCCUGGCUACCCGGAUGGAGAUCAUAGAGAUGAAUGACAAGUUAAGAAACAGGCAAGAAAUUGUGAAUGGACUGAACAUAUUUUUGGAAGAAAAUGAAGAAGAAGCCUAUUUAGAAGAACUGGAAGAAGAAUCCGACAUGUUUGAGGAGGAAGAAACUGAAGCUCUGAAUGAAGAUGGUUCCAAAGAAGCACACAAUACUGUAAGAACAUCUCAUACAGUAUCCCUCAGGAGUAUUGCAUCAAUGACAGAUGAAGAGAGAUUUAAUAUGAGAAUUAAGAAGUUUGGUAUUACAAGUAAAGAAUUCAGAAAAUCACCAGGGGCUUCUUGCUUUGGACUGCCUCUGUCAACUGGCAAAGAAAAUGCUGAUAUGGAAAAGAAGAGAAGGCGCCUGGAACGUUUUGGACUCUUAUGAUUCACUUCUGCAUCUUCUCUCCAGAUUUGCUAUGUUAAAAGUAAAGAGAAGAUCCCAAUUCCACAUAUCAUCUUCUCAUUAUCAUCAGUUCUUUAAUUUUUCCACUGACAUUGGUUUGUACUGAUAAUGUCACUGCUAUAAUUUAUAAAUAAAAACAGACAUGCAUAUCUACUAU